AUGUCCGAUUCCGUGGACCAGUCGGCUUUCCUGCUCGAUGAGCGCGCGUUCUAUGUGGGCAAUGCGUGGGCUGGUGUCCUUGUGGGCGUCAACACGACAGUCGGCCUACUUGCAGUCGUUUUUCUGCGGAACCACCCUGCCAUGAGCUUCCGACAAAGAGCCUUCUACAUCGCCUACGUGUUGACUAUCAUCGUCCUAAUGAUCCUCGCACUCUUUGGCAACGUCUACAUGGGUCAACGGAUGUGGAUAGACGAUCGAUUUUCCGAGGGCGGGCCAUACGCGUACUUUGUGGCUAAUAGCGCCGCGUGGUGGAACACCCUAGGAUCUGCGACGGACAUCGUCAUUGUGUGGAUGGGUGAUGCUCUACUUCUCUAUCGAUGCUACAUCAUCUGGAGCGGGAAGUGGAAGGUCAUUGUGCUCCCUGCGCUCAUCUACUUAGCUUCCAUCGCGCUUUCACUCUGCGUGCUCGUAGAGAGCGCGCUUCCAGCGACGAAGGCCUUCUUCGCUGUCGGCCAACUCAUCAACUUCACCGUCCCAUGGAUCGCCCUGACCAGCGCGCUGAAUGUCAUACUUACCGCGCUCAUUUGCUAUCGCAUCUUGCGCGUUCGCUUCCAGCUGCGGUCAGCGCUCAAGCAUGACAUCGAAUUACUGUCGCUAAGCGACUACGACAACUCUACGAUGUACACUUCCGUCAUCUCAAUGCUGGUCGAGUCGGCGCUUCCCCUCGCCGUGAUCGGUCUGGUCACCUGUGUUCUCGUAGGCAAAGGGAACUUUGCCAGUACACCGUUCCUCGUCAUCUGGGGCACUGUCGCCGGCAUCUCCCCUCUCCUCAUCGUAGCGCGCAUAGCCAUGGGAAUGGGAUGGACGCGGAAUACGUCUUCGAAACUUGAUACUUCGAUCGUAUUCGCGCCGGCGCCGAAGCCAGAAAAGCGUUCCCGCCGCACUUACACCACUGCGACGACCGACUCGACCGGUCCGUUCGAUCCCACGGGAUCUGACUUUGCACAACGCAUAGGCUGGGAUGGCAGCGGUUCUCGUGAUGACGACGAUUCGGCGGAGAAGGUAUGA